AUGUUUCACCUAAUCAUCUAUACGAAAGAACAUUCCAGCCAUGUUAACAACCUUCUAACCCUGUUCGAAAAUGUGUACGAUCGGAAUGGAAACAAAAUUUCAAAGCAUGGGGAACACCAUGGGGAGCACCCUGGGGGGGAGAAUAAAGGUGACAUGAAUGAUAACGCGGCAACAUUGGACAAAAAGGUGACUGAAGAAAGGGCAUUCCCCAAGCAGAAGAUCGCUCAAGAGGGGGGAGGGGGGCCAAAGGUGCAACAUUAUACGUCCUCCUUUUUGCAGCUCUACAUAAAUGACGAAAGGAAUUUCGAUUUGUACUUAAUAGACGAGGAGGACGACAAUCACCACGACAAUGACAACGACAACGACAACGAAGGAGGAACAACGUCCGUAGCAGCGGACGUUUCCCCCCUGGGUGUUGCUCCUCCUACACAAAAGAGGGUAACCUGCGGAACGGAAAAUGAAGACACACGACGUAAUCAAGUGAGUAGCAAAAAAGGGGGAGAAAAACGCGAAAGAGGCACCUCAGUAAAAUGGCCAAAGGAAGGAAUUAACCAGAAGGAUACUCAGCCGCACGACGAUGAUAAAAGCAGAAGAGUGAACCUACCCCUGCAUCGAUCCCACAUGUUGUUCAUUCUGUCGUUGCCGGCACAGUUCCGUGUAGACCACUUCUACCGCUUGAUUAAUUCUUACAUGGACUUCAUUGUUCAGAUGAAGGUCUUCCACGUAAUCGGUAAUAUUUCCUUCUUGGAUGAAGAGGAGUGGCCCAAGGGGGAAGAAGCAAAAGUGGCCACCCAUCCGGAGGAAUCGGAUGAAUACAGCGGGUGUAGUGAAGGCAACCAGCAUGAAGAGGGCAUCACUACAUGCAAAAAUGAACCAUUGGCCACGUAUGAAAGAAUGCACGGCGUGGUAAAAAGGAGGUUAAAAAAGAAGAAAAAAAUGAAAAGUUAUUCCGUGCUUAUUUUUUUUAAAACACAAAUUUACGCGGACAUGUUUUUUAGUGAGUACCACUGUACUUGUUUGAACCACGUGGUGGAGGGUCGACAGGGAGAGUGGAAAAACUUGGUCAACGCAACGGACGAGAAGGGAUACCCUGAUUGGUAUGUCUACUGCGCGUUCGUCAGUUUGGUGUAUUACAUUGUGGAUGAAGAAGUGGGGACGCUCCAGGUGGACGUUGACACAGACGUCUUAUCCCAAGUAGAUGAACCGCCUGAGCGAAGUGAGCACAAGAAGGGCUUGAAGGAAACACACGGGGGAGUGAAUCACCUCCCUUCCAGCAACAACAACCCAUUCGACAUAAAUCGAUUUGAGAACUUUCAAAAAAGCAUCAUAACAGAUGGAAACACGUGCAUAUCUACUUGUCCCCUCUGCAUGGAGUUGCUGUGCGAGGACGUGUGCUUUACUCUAACGAGGAGCAAAAAAUGGCACGUCCGGAAAAAGGGGAAGGAGAGCAAGCUGCACGAUUAUGUGAACUUAUCCUGCAACGUUUGUUCUUUGAUUUUUCUCUACGAUUCGGUGGGGCGGUUAGUUGGGGGUUCAGCGGUUAUAGGAACGCCGAAGGGUACACCAAACGGGGUGGCACACUCGGUAGAGAACACCAUUGAAGAGGACAAAACGCGUGUUGAAGUGCCCCCCGUGAGGGAUGCCCCAACCCGGCUGGGACAUAUAGUGGGCACCCUCAAAUGCAGAAACUGCAACAACGUGGACGACAUAUGGUUGUGCCUUACAUGUGCAAACAUUGGCUGCGGAAGGUACCAAAAGAGUCACGCGAAAUUGCAUAGCACCCUGUAUAACCACCACUACUGUCUGAACCUGAGAACGAAAAAAGUGUGGAACUACAUGCGGGAGGCUUUUAUUGAAGACAAGAUGGAGGAUGAUCAGAGUGAGUUGGCAAAUGCUUGGCGUGGAGGCAGCGGUCCCACUAAUGGUGGGUUCUGUUGUAACACGUUCCAUUCAUGUGUAGAUGCACCCCCCACGGGAAGGGCUGACUUUCUGGACGAUGAGUAUGACCAUUGGUGCGGUGACGAGAGGGAGUCGGCCCUGGACCAUGCAGGGCACGUCGAUCACAUCGACCACAUCUACUAUGACCAUUACGACACGCAGGACCACUAUGAUAGCCUCAUUUACAACAAAAUCUACGACAUUUUCACGGAUGACGCGUAUAUCAGUGAUGGGCUCAAGAACGAACUGCUAUACAGUCUCUACUCCCUGCUGUCUCACGAAUCGAACGUCUACAACAGUAGUCUGAUCGAACUGCAGUGCAGCUACAUGAGUAAAGUGGACCAGGAAAGUAGGAACAUAAAAAACGUGCGCGAUGCGGUUAAUCAGGUUGAAAGCCAGAACAGCAAAAUGGAAACCUUCCUCCAGAAGGUGGAUUCUUCCAUUAAGGCGAAGAAUAACGAAAGGGCGCAACUUCAGGAGAAGAUCAACUUUCUUAGGGAACUGAACAGGAACAUCAUUUCGCAGCGGUGUGGUGCCAGGCAAGCGUCGAAAGUGGCCACAGAAGGCAAUACUGUGCAGGAUGACGAUGAUGAUGAUGCUGACUCCAGGAAGAUAAAGCGGCUGGACGAGACGAUCCAAUCGCUGCAGGCACAGGUGGAUGAGUUGCUGCGUGGGUUGUAG